AUGUCGCGCAGGUUGUUGAUUUUCCUAUCGGCCGUCGUCGUUGGCUUCAGCCUCGCCGGCGCCACCGCCAGUCUCCCCCUCCUCCGCCUCCAGCUCAGCUUCGGCAACCAGCUAGCAGUUGUUUCCGGCGAUCCUCUGAUCCAAACCGCAUGCCACGGCGUUGGAGGAUUCGAGAAGGAGUGCAUCUCCACCCUGCAAUCAGCGCCGCCGCACCAGAAGGCUGACGCCAACGGCCUCGCUUUCUUCACUCUCAAGUUCGUUGAGGACCAAGCGGUUAACCUAACAGCCGGCAUCAAGAAAGUCACGCUUUCGGACGUGUCCCCUCUCCUCCAGUCGGCACUUAGCGAUUGCCUCGACCAAUACAACCCGCUCGAUGACUUGAUUGAGGAUGCCAUUAAUGCUGUCCUGGGGAAUGCUUACGCGGACGCCAAGAAAUUCAUCGAGGCUGCCAUGUCAGACAUCGACGUAUGUGACUCGCAGCUCAAGGCAAGCAAUGUGGAGGAGAAGGUGGAGAACAAAAAUGGGGACGAAGUCCAGCUGCUGAGAUGCAAUAUACAAGUAGCCUAA